GGUGGCCCGCGCUUGCUCUAUGCUCUUAAUAAAUCACAUGGGCUUGCUUCUGUGACUACUAUCAAUCGUCACAAUAAAAUCCCUCAGUUACUUCCCUCCAUUGCAUCUCCAUCUGCAGAGGAUGCUUCGACGAACAUCACCUCCUUCUUUAAUCCUGAGAUUAAACCACCACCCUCUAUCCCUCAUGGCGAAACCUUACCUGGAAAUGUUGUCAUAGUGGAUCGUGUGGCAAUCAACGAGAAGUGCCAAUAUUGUUCUCGUCGUAACUGCAUUCUGGGUCUUUGUCGAGAGCAUGCCGAUGCUGUUGAUCUCCAAGUAAAUUCUCUUGAAUCUGUGGAAGCAGUCCAAAAAGCUCUUGAUCUUCCAAAAGACUCUCCCGGCCAUGUAUGUUAUGGCAAAGAUGCAACAGUCCUUGCAAUUGCACCUUACACUCGCGCUGACCACUAUACACCCGUUCCCAUCAUCGUAUCACCUUCAUGCAAAAGUGAGAAAGGUGACAUGCUCGCCAAGUGGCUUAAAAUUGUUGUCGCAGCUUGGCAACGACAUAAAUAUGGUGAGUGUCUUAAUGGGCCACUAUGGGCUAUCGCUACAGAUGGUGAAUCAACAUUUCGAUUAGCAAAGUUCCUUCUCUAUAUGACUGAACAGGUCGCACCUGACUCUGACUUGGGAAAGAUACUACACCCUCUUCUUGGUCUCAAUUGCUGGACUGGGGAACAUGGGCUUGUCGGGACUUGUGACCCAAAGCACAUCAUUAAACGU